GGGGGGCAAAGAGAAAAGCUUUUUGCGUUGGGUUUAAGAAAGCUUCAAGCUUUGGACGGCUUUAGUUAGUUGUUCGCCUUCGCUCUAAGCCGCCUUCAGUCACUUGCAGGAAUUAGUUUGGAAAUGGAAACUAGCCAAAGAGAUGAGCUUGCUAGCUUCUUAACUGUUCUUCCCCCUGUGGAUUUCUGCUGUGUUUAUGGUUCAACGCUGCACCCAAAUAACCAUGAUAAGUCUAAAAUGGUGGACUACAUCCUUGGAGUCUCUGAUCCCUUGCAAUGGCACUCUCAGAAUCUGAAAAUGAAUUCGGAUCACUAUGCUUCAUGGAUGGUUCACCUUGGUGGAGCCAGGCUGAUUACGAAAGUUGCUGAUAAAGUAGGUGUUGGAGUUCACUUCAACCCAUUUGUCAGUUGGAACGACAGGAAGCUAAAGUAUGGAGUUGUCCGGAUGAAUGACCUAGUACAGGACAUACUGGACUGGAACAGAUUCUACUUGAGUGGCCGUUUACAAAAACCGGUUCAUUUGCUUGUUGAUAAUCUGGACAUAGAAGACGUGAACUCUGUUAACAAGAGAGCCGCACUAUCUGCAGCCCUUCUUCUCUUGCCUUCAAAAUUCACCGAGGAAGAUCUAUACGCCAAAAUAUGCAGCCUUUCUUACAUGGGAGACUUGCGAAUGCUUUUUGCAGAGGACACUAAUAAAGUGAAGAAGAUCGUAAGGGGGCAGUUUGAUCUUUUCCAGACAAUGUAUAAGCCUUUUCUUGAAGAAUGCGAGAGCAAAAACUUACUGAGAUUCUCAUCUGCUGAAACUAAUUUAGUUCAGGACUCUAGCCUUACAUCAUCACGCUCACUGGUCUCUUCUCUUCCUGCAUCAGUAAGAAGCCAGAUGGGGAAGUUACUUGGGGAAAAGAAAAUCAUUAGUGAGACCGGUAGAGUUUCAGGGGAAGUUUGUAUAGGUUCAAGAGAAGCAGCAGCGAAAUGUAUGGAAAAGGUAAUGAAGCGAAGGGUAAUGGUUUCAAGUGCAAGACAGGCUGUGUCUGGUUUCUUGGCUGCUGGUGCUAUUAAUGCAACAGUGUAUCUUUCACAGAAAAUGCGCAAAGCUUGGAAUUCUCGGUCAUGAAAGAGUUUUAGAUGAACUGUUAGUUGAAGAAAGUAGAUCUUGCCACUAUUAGUUCAUCAUUCUUUCUUCUUUCUUUCUUUUUUUGGUUUCUAAGUAACAACUUUUCUUUUUUUGUUUUGAUGGUUAUGUCUUCUGAUAUAGAUGAGAGAAUUAUAGAAGCAACACACAUCAAUCUCCCUAUCAUUUUAUUA